CAGAAAGUUGAGAGUUAUUUACUUUAAGGGAAAUCUGGUUGGACAUCAUGGGUGGAAAAGGCACAAGAGAGCCCUGUAUUCAGACUGACCUUUAAGCACCAAGAGAGCCCUAAGCUUUUACAAUACAGUUGCAUAUAGAAUUGAUUUCCAAACAAUUGGUGGAAAUGCCCGAAUGACAGAAACUCGCAUACGCGCUAGUGAAGGGAGCACAUGGUGUGGUCCAACACCUCAGUCGCAACCAUGUAGGUGGACACGAAUGGUUGAGCAAAACUCAUCAUUGGACGACUCAACACAACCCUCAGAGAUGGUUUUGGGUACUGAGUUUCCUGAAAUUAGCAAUGAUCCAAAUACAAGGCCUGAGAACAAUGGGAAACUACCAAUGCGGAGGUGUCAUGGACGAGCUGGGUGCACUGAGUUUAUGAAGCUUCGUAAGCAUGGUCUCAUUCCUUUGAAGAUUAAUGAUGGCGAGAGGGCACCAUCAUGUGAGAAUGCAGUGUUCUUUACAACAAGGGUAACAUGGAUUAUCAAGCAUCAUGCAACCAUGGCUCAAAAUACUUGGGAUGCUGUAGAUACACAAGAAAAAGAGGAGCAGAUCAAUCGUGUUCGGGCUGAUUUCAUUCUAGAUUGGAGCAAACGGAAUCAUCGCGAGAUGGUCGAGAAGAACCUUGGAAAGAAGUUCAAUGACUUUCACUACCAGCUUCAUAAAAUAUACUUGGGUUGUGCAACACACGAUGAGGCAUUAGUAAAACCAACCUCGUUGGUGGAACCAGAUGAGGCAAUGAUGUACAAGACUGAAUUGGAUGACCUGAAAAGGGAAGUACUACAGUGCAGGAUUUUGAUGUUAGUUGUACUUGCUGGAUGUUGCUUGGUGGAAUUAUCAAAAGUCCUGGGCUACAAUAUUUUGGUGGGAUUACUCUGUUAAAGCUUAUGAGAAAACUUUGUAAGUAUGCUUUAAAAGCCCUAGAAACUGCAUGAAGACAAAACUUUGUAAGUAUGCUUUAAAACCCCUAGAAACUGCAUGUAUUGUCUUCAAAGGCUAAGAGAGUUGCCGAUGCAUAUUCUAUAAGAUUAGUUAUGAUGCUAGUGAUAUUAAAACCUUUCAACUUGAGACAUAUGUAUACCAGGUACAAAGAAAUGUUUGGUAAUUUUUUCUGUAAUAGACUAUAGGUAGAGAUUUAUGUUGAAUAUACAUGUAAAGAUUAGGAUUUUUUUAUCAUAUGCUGUCAUUUGAAUAACUCGAGUACUAUUGGAAUUUAGCAAGUUUUGCAUUAUAUUGAGAGAUUUGUAUAAUCACGUCUAACAAUGUUUCUUCACAACAACAGGUCAUUGGGUCACUCUUUGAGAGUAUUUAGGUAAACUUAAAAAUAGCCCUGUCUAUUCCAUGAGAUUUAUGGUGGGGUCAACUUGGUUUUGUUUUAAUUGAAGUAAGGUUUGGCUUGUCGUUAUUGGGAUUUUGUAAACAAUGUUGCAUACAGUUUUGUUAAACAAUUGGUGUUUGUUUUGGUAUAUUAUAUGGAAAUUAGUCAUUGCGUGCAUACAUAAUUAUCUGGCUUUAGAAAACUAACUGGGUAGCACUGUUUUCAAUAUUUGGUGGUGUGGAAGAAACAAAAAUGGCAUUAAGAUAUCCUUUGCUGGAAUUUUGGGCUUAGGUGGUAAUUUCCACCAUUCAUUCCCACAUUUAUUUUUUGGACAGGCUAUAUACUUUCAUAUUUUGAAGCCUCAAAUGUAGUGCUUGAAAAUGUAGUACAUAUGAUAUACUUGGAUAUCAUAUCUUAUGCGGAAAGAUAUUUGGACAGGUCAUCCAUUAUAUGCUUAGGUGUGUGCUAUAUGAUAUGUAGUUUUAACUCACAUAUAUAGGGCUGAAAAUUGUAUCCACCCUACCGAUGGUUUGAGUUGUGACCAUUGUUAAAUCAAAUACAUGUGAGUUUGGUUUAGGGUUGAUAUGUUCUCCUCCUGCAGCUCAUGCCUCAAAACUAUUAUGUUUUACAUUGAUAAAUAGAGAAGGGUAUUUAUUCUUGACCCUAGAGCAGUGAACUGGAAAAAGUUAUGCCACUGCCUGAUGCAUCUUUUAUUUUCCUAUGAAAUAUGGAUCAUAUAAGAGAUUUUAAAGAAUUAUUGGAGGCUUUUGCUUAGUUUAGUUUGUACAUGGAAUGAGUGGCAAAAGUUUAGUUUCUACAUGCAAUGACUAGCAUGAAUUAUUGUCUGCUUUAGUUUGUACAUGCAAUGACUGGCAUAAGUUUAGUUUUUGGUUGAUUCUUUGUAAUUUGCAGGUAGAUAUCAGCAAUUACUUCAAGCACAUCAAUAAUUGUUUGAAGCAUGUGUAUUUUUCAAGUAGAAAGCUG